GAAGGAGGUGGGGAGCAGCUUCACGUGACUGGAGCUCUGACUGCUCCCCGUUCACAUGACGUGAAGAGACUAGUGAGGCUGUGACCGACAUCUAACCGCGUUUAUCUGCCCUUUUUUUUAACAGGACACGCUUAAAGACGGCUGGAUGUUCCUUUAAGCUUUCUUUAGAGAGUAAAUUAAAACCGGAAGAGCCUCGAUUUACGAUUUACGACUAACGGGUUCGUGAAGUCAAGUGUGCGGGGAGAAGAUCCCACCUGCGCCUGCAGCGGUAACGCACCGGUGUGUCUCUCAGUCCGGGCUUGUUUUUCUGCCCUCUUUGGUGAAAUACUCUUCAAUCUAACAAGAUGAAGCUCUCACACGCUCUGUCCGUGCUCAUCAUCGCCUGGUUGACGGUAAUCGGUCACACUCAGGCCGUUACUCUGGAGGUGAAAACAGGGAACUCCACCUGCAUCAAGGCCGAGCUCUCUGCCUCCUUCUCCAUCACAUACAACACCUCCACUAGCACGAAAACAGCUAAGUUCUUUCUGCCAGACUCCUCCAUGGUCGAUGCAAGCAGCAGCUCGUGUGGCACAGACUCCAGCUCACCGUGGCUGGUGGUCGUGUUUGGACCCGGCCAUGCUCUGGGGCUCGGCUUCUCAACCAACGGGAGUCUGUACAGUGUUGCUAACCUGACGCUGCAGUACAACCUCAGCGAUACGUUGAUCUUCCCUGAUGCAGGCAGUUCGGAUGUGGUCACAGUUGUGUCAUCUUCAGUUGGCAUUUGGGCAACGAUGAACACCACCUACCGCUGUGAGAGCCCCUCCAAUUUCAGCGUUGGUGGAGGAGCAUCCGUCACCUUCUCUGGCAUGAGGCUGGAGGCGUACAUGCCACAAAAUGACCUGAGUGCAACAGAGAGUGUAUGUACGGCAGAUCAAGCCAUUACCACAGCUCCACCCACCACUGCCGCUCCUACAACGACCCCAGUGGCUCCACCAAGCCCUCCAGGAACACCUGAACGGGGCACCUACUCUGUAAACAACAUCAACGGCUCCGUGUGUCUCCUGGCUCGGAUGGGACUGCAGCUCAACGUUUCCUACUUCUCUCUAUCCCAGAAUAAGACGGUCACAGAAUUAGUGAAUCUGAGUCCCAAUGAGACCAGUGUAUCAGGAUCAUGUGAACCCAGCAGUGCUUCCUUGGUUUUAACACAAGAACAAGUCACCACACUCAGCCUCACCUUCACCCUGAACUCCACAAGCAACAGGUAUCACCUCAGUGGGAUUACUCUGCUUGCUAACUGGUCUGAUAUGACGGCUCCUUUCUGGGCCAGUAACACAAGUCUGGACUACCUGAGGAGCACACUGGGCCGCUCAUACAUGUGCAACGCGGAGCAAACUCUGGCUGUGGUGCCGACUUUCUCUCUCAACACGUUCAGAGUGCAGGUGCAGCCCUUUGAGGUCACUACAAACCAGUUUGCUACAGCGGAGGAGUGUCAGAUAGACCAAACACAGAUGCUGAUCCCGAUCAUCGUUGGAGCAGCUCUUGCCGGCUUGGUGCUCAUCGUCCUCAUCGCUUAUCUGAUCGGCAGGAAGAGGAGCCACGCUGGAUACCAAACCAUCUGAACUGACUCUUAACUUUUAACUAAAACCUGCAGACCGGAGCGCGGAGGUGAACCUGAGUGUGUGAGUGAGUGAAUGGAAGCAGUUGCUGCUCUGUGGUGAGUGCAUGCUAUUUCUGCAUACCAUGUGUGACCUCCAGAUAUUUUAUUUUCACUUUCUCUUUGAGAUGAUUAGAAGCCAAAGAUCUGCAAACCUUAGUCCGUGUGAAGGUCCAGAUGGUGUCUGAGAGGAUGGAGGCAGUUUGAGCUGCUGUAGCACGUUCACCAUCAGCUGUUCUCUUCUUGAACUGCUGUUUAUCGUCAUGUUCAGUAAUUAUUUAUGAAGAAUCUUGUGACCCAUGUGUUUACAGAAGCAGAGGGAGCGUCUGAUAAACAGCACAAACAACUUUUUUAGUCCAAACAGAUCAAACAGCUCGUCCACUGUUGGUCAGAAGAUGUUUUCCUAAGCCCGCUCAUGCCCACUGCAAGUUUCUAUAAGCCUCCUGAGCUUCAUAAUCCCAGCGACUCCAAGAAAAGGGAAAUUAAUAUGUAUCCUUUCUCAUCAUGUUCCUCCACAGACGAGAGCCUGAGCUGACCCGGUAAUGAAAUCCAGCUUGCUCAGCAUGGUCCUGAUUCUGUAUUAAAAAUGUGGACUGCUGCUCUCAGGCUAAAGACACAGGGCCGCUCCGGUAACUCAAAUUGUAUUUAUCAAUACGAGUGAAAACAUGCAUGGGUAAACUUUCUAUCCCUGCUUUCUCCCCACUUUCUGGAAAUACAUGUAGAUAUGAACCGUUGAUUUGAGCUUUUAUUUUUUGAGAGGAUGGUUUGAACUCGUUUUCUAUUAUGCAUCUGACUGAAAGUUAAUAAAAGUCUUACAAUUCCAGA